AUGCCCAACUACCGAAAGGGAGAGCGAGUUAACUACCGGCCCGUCGGCGGCCCGCAAUCCAACACCUCCGAGAGCAUCGGUGUCAUCCGCGAAGUCGCAACGAAGUCGACCCAGUUGACUGGCCGUAAUGUAGAGGCCUCGGCAGAUGAGCCGCGCUAUGAGAUCGAGAAUGAGCACACCCACAAGAGAUCCGCCAUCAAAGAGUCCAACAUCCUAGGUCCCGCCGAAUAA